UAAUAUUCGAUUUGGGUUUUUCCUCCUUUAAAACGAUUUGCUAUAGUUGUUUAAUUCAUGUUAGAGUGUCUCAUUUCUGUGUAGUAAUGCCGUUUUUGCUGCUGCUCCAGGUGUGCCUGCUUGGACUUGGCCUGUCUGUUGCAAGUCCUGGGAGGAGGUUUCUGAUUGGGCUACCCCCGCAUAAUGGACCAACAGGAAAUAGCCAUCAAGUAACUAUCACAGCCAGUGGUGUUCGGAACUCUGUCACUGUAAAGGUCCUGGAAAGCAGCUUCGUGCAACGCAUCUACCUCUCUGCUAACCAGUCAAAAAGGAUUCACCUGCCAUUGUCUGUGGGAAUGACCAGUGACCGCUCGUCAUCCCUCCUCAGUGUGAAGUCUAUAUGGCCUGUUACAGUCAUCACUUCCCUGUGUACCCGGGCUGGCUGUGACCACAGGCUCCUUCAUGAUGUGUACUCCUGGGGUACCCAGUACUAUCCCAUUACUCCUAUCUUCCCUAACCAGACUUCUCUCAGCCAGAUGGUGAUCACCAGCUCAGACCGGGCGACGUCAGUGGAUAUCUUUCUCUCGGGGGAAGUGUUUUAUGAAGGCAAUAUGUACCAAAGGGGUAGUGUCCUUACGUUGUAUAUAGGGGUGCUGCAGAGUGUUUACCUCCAGAGCAACUCCAGCCUCUCUGGCUCAGAGUUAAACUCUCAAGAAGCUGUAGGUGUUGUGGUUGGUUUUACCUGCUCCAAACACACAACUGGCAAUUGCUUUUCUGGAUAUGCUGACCUGAAACCAGUCACACACUGGGGUUUUGAUUACAUUAUUCCUCCCUUGGUAAACACAGGAAUGAGUUCUAGUUUCCUCUUGGCAAUGUCUACUAUGAACUCUGACCUCAGCAUCAAGGCCAGCACCAAUCAAAACACAGUGGCUCUCGUCGGUGGCGUUAUGAAGGUCAUCCCAGUUGCGACCUCAGAUAAAAUCCUCAUUACUAGUGACAGUCCUCUACAACUACUUUUCUUCAGGCAUGACCCUGCACAGCGGCCUUUAACUCUAACAGUACUGCCAUCUGUUGAUGAUAUCUGCCAGACUGUACCUAUGUUUGAUUCAGGUGAUAUGGGUGAGCAGCGAGUUAACAGUGCCGACACAGGAGAUUUGAAGUCUGGUGUUAAAUCCUUCCAGAAGCCCACCUUUCCUCAGCUGCCUGAUAAUGCAGAGGCUCUUUACACUGACAAGGAUGUGGGAUACUAUCUGAGUACCUUAGACCGACAUCUCUAUUCUGCACUUUGUGAGAAAACUGCAGCUUCUUGUGAAGAGUUGCACUGUGGUUUCAAACAGAAUUGCUCUAUCGAAGAAGGAAAACCACUCUGCUCUCUCAACACUAAAAUAUGCUCUGCGUGGGGUGACUCUUAUUACCGCACGUUUGAUGGAAGAGAUUUUGUCCUACAGGGAAAUUGCAACUACACUUUAGUUCAGACCACCUGUCCAGGCCUAAAUGUUUCUGUUCCACUACAGAUUAAUAUAGUCCGAGCAUAUUUAAUAAGUGCCACUGUCCCAACCAUCCACGCAGUGCAGAUAAGCAUCCAGGGCUUUAAUAUCUCCAUAGUUAAAGAAGACACAAAUCAUGUUAGGGUUAAUGGAAAGAUGAGGAACCUGCCGCUCACCUUGGGAAAUGGCUCCCUGAACUUUUAUCAAAGUGGUUCCAGCGUUGUCUUAGACACUGACUUCGACUUGGCUCUGCGGUAUGACUGGAAGCAGCAUCUCCAAGUUGAAGUAGGCCCAGAGCUGUAUGGAGCCCUGUGCGGUUUGUGUGGAAAUGCUGAUCACAGCUCCUCAGAUAGUGUCAUUGACUCUAAUGGCACUAUUAAGACCCUGACUGCAGAUUUGACCCUCCCAUGGGUAGUGAACAGUGGUGCAGGCUCCUGUAUUGAAGAUUGUGUUGGUGCCUCAUGUCUAGUAUGUACUAGAAGCCAAACUAAAUUUCCUGACAUAAAAGGUAACACCCUUCGUGUUGGGUGCUCCCUACUGAAGCGUAGCGGUGGACCGUUUGCAGAUUGCCACUCAUUGAUUGAUCCUGAGGCAUUUUUUCGUGGUUGCACUAACAACUUGUGUCUCAAUGAAUCUGCCUCUUCUAUGUGUGAGAUCCUGACAGACUAUGCCAACAUCUGCCAGAGGAUAUCGGCCAGAGUCCGAAACUGGAGAACCAUCUCCAAGUGCCCUAUCGUAUGUCCUUUGAACAGCCACUUUGAAAUAUGUGGUUCUGCAUGCCCUGCUACCUGUGGAAACCCAGAAGCACAUAGUAAUUGCCCCCUGCCUUGUGUGGAAUCAUGCCAAUGCAACAGAGGGUAUCUGCUGAGUGGUGCGAAGUGCGUACCACAUGGCAAGUGUGGAUGUCUUCACCAAGGUUCCUACUACUACCCGAAGGAGAACUUCUGGAUGGGCAAACACUGCCAGGAGAGAUGUGUCUGCCAGUCGAGCUCCAAGAGAGUUGUGUGUUCUCCGCCUCAGUGCCAGGAUGGAGAAGUGUGCAAGGUUGUGAACGGAGUCAUGGGCUGUCACGCUGAGGGGCCUGGGCUGUGCAUAGUAGAUCCUCAUUAUACCACCUUUGACGGCCGUAACUUUGAUGUGUAUGGAAACUGUACUUACCUUCUCACUUCUCUCUGUCCGACCUGGGGGGGCAUGGAAGCUUUCCGUGUAGAGAUCCAGAACCAGAUAAAAGAUGCUACAAAUAUUGUGUCCUUUCGGCAUCUUAAAAUGGUAGUCUCUGGUUAUUGGAUUGAGAUUUCAAAUGAUCCUAGUAACAGAGUUGAGGUAAAUGGUCUCCUGCUGCGUCUCCCAUCUGUAUUGAGCCGUGGCAAAGUGAAGCUUUACAUGACUGGACAGACAAAGUUUAUAGAAACUGACUUUGGUGUAGUUGUAAUGUACAGCUCUGAUAUUCUGACCAUCCAGAUGCCAAGGAAAUUCUCUGGUAAUCUCUGCGGCCUGUGUGGGAACUUUAAUUCUAAUCCAGAAGAUGAUGUGAUGCCGGAUGACGACUCUGAUAUCUCUCAAGCCGUUAGACACUGGAAAACCAGCAGUGAUCAUGAGUGUGUGGAUGUGCCUUUGAACACCUCGGGUUGCAAUUCACAAGACAUGGCUCUCUAUGAGGGAAAAGGUUUCUGUGCAAGGUUACUGGAUAAAGAGGGAGUGUUCAAGAGCUGCCACAAAAUGGUUGAUCCAGAAAGUUUCUACAACAACUGCGUUCAAGACUUCUGUUAUAGUAACCAGACUUCCCUGUGUCAGAUUCUGUCCAGCUAUGUUGCUGUGUGUCAAGAAAUGGGAGCUAAAGUGAAUGAAUGGAGGACUUCCACAUUUUGUGGCCUCUCCUGUCCACCGAACAGUGAGUACAGCCUUUGUGCCAGUCAAAUAUCCGACUGUGUAGAAAACCCAAGUCCACUAGCGGGGAAAUGCAAAGAGGGCUGUUUCUGCAAACCUGGGUAUUUCCAUAGUGGUGGGAAAUGUGUACCAGACUCUGAGUGUGGAUGUAUUCACAAUGAUGUCUAUUACGAAAUCCAUGAGAACUUCUACCCUGAUGAUCUCUGUCAGCUGCACUGUGGCUGUGUGGGCCACAAGAGAGUGCAAUGUACCAAUCACACAUGUCCAAAUGAAACAAAAUGUGGCGUCCAAGAUGGCCAGAGGGCAUGUCAUGCAUUGCAGCCCUUUAAAUGUGCAGUCAUGGGUGGCAGACACUUCAGAAGCUAUGAUGGACAAAGCUUUGACUUUAAUAUUGGAAGCUGCCGUUAUAUUCUAUCCCAGGUUUGUGAAGAGGAAGAGUCUGACCUCACAGUGAUUAUCCAGCGAGAAAAGCUGCACCUCAGGGUCCAUGGGGUCAACGUGUCUUUUGAGAUGGCGCAGCUGGGAAAAGUAAAGAUUGAUGGUGUUUUGAGAAGUCUUCCUGUCCUUCUGGAUCACAUGGCAAUACUGCACUCUGGAUUGCUCUCUCGUAUUGUUGUAGACACAGGGGUUGUUGUCACAUAUGGAGCACCUGAUCUGAUACGUAUAGUGAUUCCAGCCUCCAGUAAACAAAUGUGUGGCUUGUGUGGAAACAUCAGUGCUGUUGUCACAACUGACAAGCGGCUCCCGAAUGACAGCUUUGCAAGUGAUGUUUCCAUCUUUGCAUCUUCCUGGUCACUUUCCCCACCUGGAACAAAUUGCUCUAAAGAAUGUGAUCUUUGUUUGGAGUGCAACUCUACCAUGGCAGCUGAAUAUGCAUCUGCUAAUUUCUGUGGCAUGCUGCUUGCUCCUGCAGGAUCAUUUAGUAAAUGUCACUCUGCUGUGGACCCAGAGCCCUUCUUUCAAAACUGUGUGAAUGACUUGUGUUUGUCUAAUGGGAAAGAAGAAUUUGUUUGCAGUAGUUUGAGACAUUAUGCUUUAUCAUGCCAGGAGGCAGGAGCUGAGACCAAACCAUGGAGGGGAGUGAAGUGCUCACUCUUAUGCCCUGAAAACUCACAUUAUAAUAUAUGUGCCAGUGCAUGCCCUGAGUCCUGUGGUAUUUUAUCUGAUAUCCCCUGCCCAUGGGCCUGUUCUGAGGCCUGCCAAUGUGAUUUUGGAUACAUGCAGAGUGGAAAUGGCUGUGUCAAAGCUGACAAAUGUGGUUGCUUUCACCUUGGGCACUACUAUGAGAUUGGGGAGAUUUCAUGGGGUGAGGGAUGCUCUGAACAGUGCAACUGCUCUGCUGCUGCAUACAUGUACUGUGAGCCGGCCUCAUGCCCCAAGGGAGAGAGCUGCACCCUUCUUAAUACCUGGGGCUGUGCAAAGACAGCCAUUUCCUGCACACGGAAUAGCCAUUAUACUUCCUGUGGCUCAUCCUGCCCUGCCACCUGUGAGGAUCCCUUCAGAUCAAGACCCUGCACCCUAGCUUGUGUGGAGACCUGCCAGUGUGAUCCAGGGUUCGUCCUGGUUGCUGACAGCUGUGUGCCCUUGUCCCAGUGUGGCUGCACUCACAAUGGCUCACAUUACCGCAGCAACCAGACCUUCUGGGCUGAUGAGGGAUGCACUGAACUGUGUGUUUGUGACCCCAACAUGCACCAGACACAGUGCCAUUUGGAUUCUUGUGGCCUGAAUGAAUACUGUAGUCUUCAAUAUGGAGUGAGAGGCUGCAUGCCUCAUGCCCUCCAGACAUGCAUGUACUCUGCUCAUCACAUAGUCACCUUUGACCAGCAUAACUAUGAUUUGAAUGGCAGUUGUCAGUACCAGUUACUGGGCAUGUGUGCAGAAAAACAAGGCCUCAGUGCCAUUCAGAUUCAUGCACAGACAGAUGGACACCUAGAGUCAGCUCUUCAUCUCCAGGUCAAUGUGAGUGGUGUGCUUGUGGAGCUGAACAGCAAAAACACCAAGAGCAUAGAGGUUGAUGGUGUCAAGAGGAACAUGCCAUAUCGAUUCAGCUCUACUGCACUGGCCUUCUUUUUAGGGCUGCACACUUACAUCUACACAGAAAUGGGCUUUGAACUGAGUCUCAGCAUAGAAGGCAUCGUCAGCAUUAGUCUCUCUAGUAAAUAUGCUAAUGUGACUUGCGGCCUGUGUGGCAACUUCAACUCUGAUCCUGCUGAUGACCUCGCAGUAAAUGGCACACAGGAGCCUCUCAUUCCCGAGCACUUCGGGAAAGCUUGGAGAAGUGGGCAGACUCCUUGGUGUGUGGAGGGCUUUCUAGGAGGAAGUUGUCCAAAAUGUUCAUCAGAGCUUCUGGUUCGCUUCUCUGACCCGGAGUCUUGUGGGAAGAUUCUGGAAGUUAAUGGACCAUUCAGACAGUGUCAUGGCAAAGUGGACCCAUCCAGCUACUACAAGCGCUGUGUCAGUGACCUGUGUCUUCACGGAGGUCUCCAGCCUGCACUCUGUCACUCCCUAGCUGAGUAUGCUGCUGUCUGUCUUUCCCACAAUGCUGCAGUUUCUGCCUGGAGGAGUCCUGGAUUCUGCUACCCGUCGUGUCCCACAAGAACUAGCUACAACAUAAGUUCUGCCUCUGUUCACCUCUGCCUCGGCUGGCAGAAUAAAACGGUAGAGAUGCCUCUAAACAUGGCGGAGAACUGCCUGUGUGAGGCCGGUUUUGUUCACAGUGGCAACCUUUGUGUCACUCCACAAAACUGUGGCUGCUUUCACCAUGGAGAAUACUUCACCGCAGGACAGGAGUGGUCUACAUGCAAGCAAAGCUGUUUAUGUCACCCCGGGGGAAACAUGACAUGUCGUAAUGUCUCCUGUGGAGAGGAUGAGGAGUGUAAGCUUAUUAGGGGUGUUCAAGGUUGCCACCCAAAACCCCAUGUAGCACAGUGCUCUGUUGAGGGAUACCAAUACACCACGUUUGAUGGACAUGCAUUUGAAUUUCAUGGUUCAUGUAACUACACCCUUGUGCAGACAUGCCUCGAUAAACUGGAUGUAGAGCCUAUUUUGAUAGCUGCAAUGGGCGACUAUAGUGAGGGAAGGCAGCUAUACUUGCAAGUCAAUAAAAUGCAACUAAGGAUGUCAGCGGCCUUUCCUGGAAAAGUUGAGGUAAAUGGAGUUUACGAAAACCUGCCGUUCUUCCAGAGCAACAUCACUGUACAUCAGAGAAAUGGAGGGAUAACCAUCAAGACCCCACAGUCGGUUGAGCUUACAUCAGACCUACAAAACUACAUUCUGGUCAAGAUGCCUGACAUUUACUACCAGACAACCUGUGGCCUUUGCGGGAAGUACAAUGACGAUCCCUCUGAUGAUCUGCAGCUACCUAAUGGCACAGUGACCUCUGACCAUGACAUCUUUGGGCUGGCAUGGAAGUUGUGUAAUGCAGACGUACCCUGCAGUGAAGAAUGGGAAAGUUCCUCUGACCUGAACUGCGGGUUUAUCCCCAAUCCAAUGGGACCAUUCUCCUCAUGUCACCAGUUGGUGUGCCCACAGAAAUACUACUCCCUAUGUGUUGCAGAAGGUCGACGCCGGGGCUUGUGUGAUGUGCUGCAGGAUAAUGCAGCAUGUAAUGAGGCAGAGGGGAGGGUUGAGCUCUGGCUGAACACGACAAACUGUGCUUAUCAAUGUCCUCAGUACAGCCACUACAGCAACUGUACCAAUAUAUGCUCCUCACAGUGUCCUGAGAUCAGCCUGGCAGUGCUGUGCCCCAGAGACUGUGAGGAAGGUUGCCAGUGUGAUACUGGACACCUUUAUGAUGGCCGUGCCUGUGUACCAGCAGAGCAGUGUGGCUGCCUACAGGAUGGGAGUAGGUUUAAGGCCUCUGAGAGCAAACUGCUACAAAACUGUACUUUAAAAUGCACCUGCGGGCCUCCUCUUGUCUGCGAGCAAUACACAUGUCCUGCACUGCACAGUUGUCAAGUUUCAGAUGGAAUUGAAGGUUGUCACAAAAAUGAGCAAAACCCAGCUUCAUGCGAGGGAAAAUGUGAUGCAACUGAGAAAUGUUACCUGAGCAACGGUGUGCCCCUCUGUGAGAGUCGUCGGGGUCUGUGCUGGACCUGGGGAGGCCGGCACUACCAAACGUUUGAUGGGCUAAUCUAUGACUUUGAGGGUACCUGUACCUAUCUGCUUGCAGCCAGCAAAGGAGCAGCAUGCGGGCUGACGCCCUUUAGUGUUUCCAAGAAAGACUGUAGUGGCAUCAUUCUACAUGCUUAUGGGUUCAUCAUCAAGCUUGGCAGUCAAAAGGGCAUCAUACAUGUUAAUGGUCAAGUGACUUAUAGUCCUGUUAAUAUUUUAGGGGGUAAGAUUCAAUUGUCCUACUUGGAAGGCAAAGCCCUGCUGACAACUGACUUUGGUUUGCAUUUAGUCUUUGAUGGAUACUCUACUGUUGUUAAACUGGAACCUCACUACAAGGGUGAAGUAUAUGGGCUGUGUGGCAAUUUUAACGGUCAGCCUCAAGAUGAAUAUCCUGAUUCCGUUACCAAUAAGAAAAGUGUGGAUUUUGCACAGGCUUACCAGCUCUUUGAUGGUGACCAAAAGUGUUGUACUGGCUGCAAGCAGAAAGUGAACCAUGAGAAGUUGCUUGCAGAUUGUGUUUUUGAUGACGUCUGGAGCCCAUGUGAAGUGCUCACAGAUCAGACUGGUCCAUUUGCCCACUGUCACAGUCGAGCCAAUCCAGAUUCCUUCUACAAAAGUUGUGUAGUUGACCACGUGCAAAAAGGACGGUCAGACGUUUCUCUUGAGCAUGCAAUAUAUUCAUAUUCCUUAGUCUGUGAAGCAACCAGAAAAUACUACAACGAUGGAGUCGUAGUUGAUGUGCUCUGUCCACCAAACACUCACUACAAGACCUGUGGCUCGGCCUGCCCUCCAUCCUGUGAAUUUAAUGCCACCUUCUGUAACAAGGCCUGCUUUCAGGGCUGCUUCUGUAACCCUGGUUUCAUUAAAAGUCAAAUUGGCUGUGUGCGCCCACAUCAGUGUGGCUGCACAGACUCCAGAGGCAAAUAUCAAAACCUUAACUCAACGUUUUGGUCACCAGACGACUGUGGUCAGAUCUGCAUAUGUGGACCGGCUACUGGUGAGAUGCACUGUCGCCCAGCCCAGUGCCCCAAAGGAAUGGUCUGCAAGCAACUACAGCACAAGAGGCUGUGUCAACCUGAUGACCCCAAGAACUGUACCCUUAUUACUGGGCUGCAUUUUACAACCUUUGAUGGACGUCAUUUUGACUUUAGAGACAGCUGUUCAUAUUUGUUGGUUAAAACCAAAGCCAACCUAACUGGAGUAACACCAUUCAAUAUCACUAUCUCUGAUGCAAGUUGCCACAAAAGACUUUUUCAUAGCCUUGAUUUAACACUCUUAAUGUAUGGCCUGGAGUUGGUGGUGAGAAAAGAUGAGCCAGGAAAGGUUAUGGUUGAUGGACAGUAUAAGGCCUUGCCAUACUCUCACCUGACAGGCCAUGUUUAUGCUUACCGCACACCUUCGUCUAUCAUUAUUCACACUGAUGUGGGAUUGCAGCUGAUUGUCUACAAUACUGGCACGCUAAGGGUUAACCUUCCCAGCAGUUAUGGCUCUUCUGUCUCUGGUCUUUGUGGAAAUGCCAACACUGACACUCAUGAUGACCUAAUGAUGCCCAAUGAAGAGCUUGCACAAAAUCGACUUGAGUUUGCGCACAGCUGGAUAUCUCCGGGAUCAGAUGCCUGCAAGUCCAGCUGUUCCUCCACACUGAAGCAUUGUCCUGCUGAGGCACAGAAGCUGUUUGAAGGAAGCGAUUUAUGUGGGGUGUUGUUAAAUGAGCUAGGGCCAUUUGCAGACUGUGCUCUGGUGUUAAGUCCAAAGCUUUACUUCCACAACUGUGUAACAGAUUCCUGCUCAUUUGACGGACACUACUCGGCACUCUGCAAAUCCAUUGCAUCUUAUGCUGAUGCCUGUCAAGUAGCGCAGCUGCCAGUCAGGCAGUGGAGGAGUGACAUUUUCUGUGGUAUGGCAUGCCCCAAGAAUAGCCACUAUGAGCUGUGUGGACCUCGGUGUCCUGUUGUGUGCCUCGGACUCUCCUCCCCAGCAAACUGCAGUGGCGGUUGUGAGGAAGGCUGCCAGUGUGACCCUGGCUUCGUCACGAGUGAUGGCCAGUGUGUGCCGGUUUCUGACUGUGGCUGUGUGCACGAGGGACAGUAUCGCCCUACUGGCCACUUUAUUUCUGAGAAAAGCUGCCAAAAGUGUGUCUGCCAAAGAGGUGUGGUGACAUGUAGCUCCAUGGAAAGCUGUUCAGUAAAGGACGGCCUUGCCUUGAAGUAUGGGGUGUGCCAAGUGUUUGCUGGCUUUGGCUACAUCACUUUUGAUGGUGUUAUUCUGCCCCACCACGGAGCUUGCACCUAUGUCGUAUCUGCCCUCUCCUCUAAAGCCUUGCAUGAUUAUUCUCUGCUUCUUGGCUUUAAGGACAACAAGGGCAUUUUCACCAUUAGCAAAAUAGUAUUUAAUUUGCCAUCAUUGAAAGUAUCUAUUGACCCUGAAUCUCUUUGGAAAGUAAAAGUAAACGGAGAAGAACGCAGAGUGCCUUUUGACAUUGGUGAACUUAAAGCCUACCAAGAUGGCAACAGACUGAUUAUCAUCACACCGUCCGGGGUGGGGAUUGACUUGUCAUCUACCCAAUACCUCAGGUUAACUGUACCUCAAGUAAAUGACGCCACAGCUUCAGGCCUCUGUGGGAACUUCAAUGGAGACAAGUAUGAUGACUUGGAACUGAGAAAUGGCAGUCUGUCGGAGAGCUUCGCAGAGCUCCUGCACAGCUGGGCCGCUCCAGGGCAGCUCUGCACAGACACCUGUGGCAGAGAGUGCGAUGAGUGCAGACUGUCCCCACGUGACACCAUGGUCUGCGAUUUCCUGUUUAUCAAUACAACUGGAUUCCACCAGUGCCGGGACGCUGAUGUGGAGCACGAUAGUUACACACUUAUGUGCAACAGGGCAGUUUGUGCUUUAGCAGGGCACAUGGCCACAUGUCUAGCACUAGAAGCAUAUUCUGCAGCCUGCCAGGCUAACGGAGUAGCAGUAGGAACUUGGAGAGUGGACACUCCUUGCGCUCUCCAGUGUCCUGACGGCAGCAGCUCAAAGGAGUGUGUUGACUCCAGCUCCAACUCGUGCCCUGCUGUGCUCCAACCUGGUUCUUCAGCAACGGGCUGUUCAGAAGGCUGUGAAUGCGACAAUGGAAAUGUCUUUGAUGGGGAAGAGUGUGUGCCUUACAUCCAGUGUGGAUGUGUUCAUCAUGGUGUAUAUAUCAAGAUGGAGGAGCAAGUGUACAACGAGGACUGCACCCAGAGAUGCUGGUGCCACCCUUCGGGAGGAGUGAUAUGUGAGGAGGCAGGCUGCAGUCUGGGGCAGCAAUGUGCUCUGAGGAACAGUUUCUGGGGCUGUCAUGACAGACCUGAAGGUUGUGAGCUCACGGGCAGCCUCCAAGUCUCCACCCUCGGUGGGCAGCAGCUGAGCUUGGAGCCUCUGUCUUCUUACAGUCUGAUGUCUCUCUGUGACAAAGCCAGUGUGCACUGGUUCAGCCUGAUCUCUUACCAUGGGCCUUGUGAUGGCAGCUCCAGACUUGUCAAUGUGUUUCAAAUCCUCCUGCAUGGAACAUCAUUUACCAUACAGGAAGGCAGAGUGAAGGUGAAUGGACGUUUCAUGAGCCUCCCUCACAUCUUGCCAUCAGGGGUGUCCCUGUCAUCUGGAGUGAACCAGGACAAGUCGGAGGUUCUAGUGAUCCUAAGAAGAGACGCUGGGAUGGAGUCAGAGCUUGAGAUAGAGAUUGGUGUUACCAUGGUGACAGUCAAGGUCCCUCUCUGGUACUCAGGCAAAUUGUGUGGUCUCUGUGGAAACCUUAAUGACCUGCACUCACACACUUCAGUCGGGUCAUGGGUUCUACCUGACUUUCCUAGUCCCUCUAAUGCUGGAGGGGCAGGGAGGGAGUUUGCCCUGUCAUUCAUGCUGAAUUAUGCUCCCAACUAUGACAGUUCCCAUUAUCAGCUAUACAUCACUGCCGUUCAGGCCAAUGCUAAAGUGACAGUGAAAGUGCCUCCCUUAAACUUCAAGCAAGAGAAAACUCUAAAUGCCGGAGAAAGGGUGACCAUCAGUCUCCCUACUGGUGUGGAGAUGUACGGCAGCAAGAGGUCUCCCAACACAGUGCGCAUAGAAGCCUCAGCAGAUGUAUCUGUAACCUCAUUUAACUCCAAGCAGUACACAGCAGACACCUCUGUUGUAUAUCCCACCACUGAAUGGGGUACUGAAUAUUUCAUCUUUACACCUGCUUCGUCCUCCUAUGGCUCCUAUAAAGAGUUCUCUGUGACAAAUGGAAAAGAGAGCAAUAAGUUGGAGAUUUUCCCACGCGGCACCAUCGGGUUCGAAGGUCGUGUCUAUGGGAGUGGCAGCCGAAUGGUGAUAGAUCUCCAGCCGUAUGAGAGCGUGCAGCUCCAGAGUGUCUAUGAACUUUCUGGUACCAGAGUUGCCUCCCAGCACCCUGUUGCUGUUGUCACGGGUCACACUUGCACAUGGCGCUUUGCCAAAUGUAACCAUGUUUAUGAGCAGCUCCUGCCAGUUAGCAGAUGGGGAUCAAGCUUCAUUGUGCCUCCCCUGACCUUCCAGAGCAAAUUUGACAGCGUCUUCCUCCAGGCCUCGCAGCCCACCCAAGCCACUGUCCACCACGGAAACGAUACAAAAGUUUUUACUUUGGUCAGGGGGCAAACAGUAGAGAUCCACUCCUCCAAUCCUGAAACCCUGUCCAUUCAGGCCGAUCAUGGGAUCCAAGUCCUCAUGCUCUUCAACGGGGUCACACAGAACUGGCUCCAUUACUACGACCCUUUCCUGAUGACCAUCUUGUCCGACGACCGCUUCUGCUCCUCUUACUCACUCGAGGCUCUAGAGGGCUUUGAAAACAAAGCCCUGAUAGUUGCACGGACCAGUGCGAUGUCAGAGCUGCGUAUUGAUGGUAAAAACCUGCCACGUAAUGUCGAGUGGAAGAAGGUUACAGGGACAGAUUUCUCUUGGGCGGAGAUGUCCUACCAGCAAAACCCCGGCAACAAUAAACACACUGUGUCCAGCUCUGGUUCCCGCUUUGCUCUCUAUAGUAUAGGAGUCAGCCAGAUGAAUGGUUAUGGUGCCCAAGGACAAUGUAUACAGCCAGGAAGUGGAUCUUUUUCCUGCAGCAGUAUCACCUGCAGUUCCAAUGAGGUGUGUGAAGUGAAGGGCGGGUUUCCCUCCUGUGUUCCCAAGGCCGUGGAAAGGAAGCUUGGCACCUGCUGGGCCACGGGGGAUCCUCACUACCGCACCUUCGACGGGCGACACUUCGACUUCAUGGGUACCUGCACAUAUGUUAUUGCUAAAAACUGUGGAAAGGAUGACCAUCUCCCAGACUUUGAGGUCCUCGCCCAGAAUGAGAACAGAGGAAGCCUCAGGGUGUCGUAUGUUGCCGUGGUGACAGUGAAGGUUUAUGGCGUCAUCAUCACAGUCGUUAGGUCUGAGACGGGUCGUGUGAGGAUUGACAACAGUUUGUGGAGUUUGCCAAUAACCUUAAACAAAGACAAGCUGACGAUGAUUCAGAGCGGUCGCUCUGUGGUUAUCGAGACUGAUUUUGGCCUGACUGUCCGCUACGACUGGGAACACAAUCUUGGGGUCACUCUGUCCAGCAGUUACGCCGGUAAGACUUGUGGUCUCUGUGGCAACUUCAAUGAUAACCCCAAUGAUGACUUCACCAUGCCCUCCGGUACCCAGGCGGGGGGGGCUGUGGCCUUUGGGAGUAGCUGGAAGGUGCCGGUGAAAGGUGCUGUGUGCAGAGAUGACUGUGUGGGUGGGUGUGAGCGCUGUGAAAACAGCCUGAUGAAGAUGUGGGGGGGUGACAUGUUUUGUGGGCUCAUCACACUGAUAAUAAAUGGGCCAUUCAGCAAAUGUCAUGCCGUCAUUGACCCACAAGCAUACCUGGAGAACUGUAAAUAUGAUGUAUGCAUGGGAGGCGGCCUCCGACACUUCCUCUGCAGGACACUGGAGGCUUACACUGAAGCCUGCCAGAUUGCUGGGAUCCAGGUUCAAGAUUGGAGGAAGAUGGCACGAUGUACUGCUAAAUGUCCAGCAAACAGCCACUACGAGCUCUGCGGCAACGCCUGUCCUGCAACCUGUUCUGACCCAAAUACUUCCUCCAAAUGCAAACGCCCCUGUGUGGAGAUCUGCACCUGUAACACAGGCUUUCUUUUGAGCGGAGGUCAGUGUGUUCCUGCUGCUAGGUGUGGUUGUAGCUAUGAGGGUCGAAAUAUCCCUGCUGGGGAGUCAUUCUGGGCUGACCAGGGCUGUCUGCGGAGGUGUAAAUGCAUUGCUGGAAGCAGACGCGUUGAGUGCCAGGAUAAAGGCUGCAGGGCAGGGCAGCAGUGCCAGGUGGUGGGUGGCAUCAGAGAGUGCCAGGCAGUCUCCCACAGCACCUGCCAGGCUACAGGCGACCCCCACUACGUGACCUUUGACAACAAGAAGUUUGACUUCCAGGGCACAUGUGUGUACCAACUGGCUGCACUCUGCUCCAAGGACCGAGAGUUGGUGCCCUUUGAAGUGCUGGUGCAGAAUGAUCACCGGGGCCACAGGGUGGUCUCAUACACAAAGUUGGUGGAGAUCAAGGUGCUCUCCCUCAGCAUUGUCAUUACAAAGUCACACAAGGGCCUGAUUAUGGUGAAUAAGGAGUUUGUCAACCUGCCUGUCACUCUGGAUGAUGGACGUGUAUCUGUGUUUAAGAGCGGCUGGUCUGCUGUGGUCAAAACAAACUUUGGCCUCAAAGUUUCCUUUAACUGGUAUGGUGCUGUGUUUGUAACGCUGCCAAGCAACUACAUGGGAGCCGUUUGCGGCCUCUGUGGCAACUACAACGGAAAACCCCAGGAUGAUCUGACCCCAAAGAACGGUGAUAAACCUGUCCUUCCAGCAGAUUUUGGCGUCAGCUGGCGAGUGGCAGAGAUCCCAGGAUGCGUAGACGGCUGUAAAGGGGUGUGUCCGAGUUGUGACAUUACCCAGAAGGUUCAAUAUGAAAAAGGCGAUUUCUGCGGUUUGUUGAGAGACCCCAAAGGACCGUUCCGCGACUGCCAUGCCAAAGUGGACCCAGCUGGCUACUUUGAAGACUGCGUUUAUGAUGUUUGCUUGUAUGAGGGCAGAAAGGAUGUGCUGUGUCAGGCUAUUACAUCAUACACAUCUGCCUGCCAAGCUGUGGGGGCCAAGAUGUACAGAUGGAGACCCAUUCAUUACUGUGCGGUGAAAUGUCCAGUCCACAGCCACUAUGAAGUUUGCGCACCCGGCUGUCCGGCCUCUUGCCAGAGUCUGAUCCCUCCGCAGGGCUGCGAGGCUCAGUGUGAGGAGGGCUGCUCCUGUGAUGAAGGGUACAUCCUCAGUGGAGAUCGCUGUGUUCCCUUCUCACAGUGCGGCUGCGUCUACAAUGACCGCUACUACCGCAUCGGCCAAGUAUUUUAUCCCAAUGGGCAGUGUCAGGAGGAGUGCAAGUGCACACAAGAUGAUGAGGUUGUGUGUAAGAAGUUCACAUGUGGCCCUAAUGAGAAGUGUAAAGUGGAGGAUGGCGUGCAAAAAUGUCAUCCUGUUGGUAAGGGUGUGUGCCACGCCUCUGGUGACCCCCAUUACCGCUCUUUUGAUGGGCGAACAUUCAAUUUCCAGGGUACCUGCACCUAUACACUCUCCAAGAGCUGCGGGCUGGAAGGCACCCACCUGGAGGCCUUCUCUGUGCAGGUGGAGAACGAGCGAUGGAACAAGAUUAUGAACAAAAUGGUGGCUGUCACCAAGCUGGUAGCUGUGGAUGUCUACGGCUUCACUCUCAUCAUGAGGAACAACAUGUUUGGAGUCCUGGUAAAUGGGGUGUUUAACUACCUCCCUGUGAAUCUUAAUGACGGAGCAGUGCUGGUCUAUCAGGAAGGCUUGCGGUAUGUUAUUGCAACAGAUUUCGGACUGAUUGUCACUUAUGAUCUGGUCUAUCACGUGACUGUCACAGUGCCUGGGAACUAUCGUGGUAAGGUCUGUGGCCUGUGUGGCAACUUCAACGGUGAGCAAAAAGAUGACUUCCAAAUGCCGAACCAUAAGCCCUCCAACAAUGUGAAUGUGUUUGGAAAGUCAUGGAAGGUCACCAUCCCUAAUGUGGUGUGUGAGAAUGGCUGCGAAGGGAAAAACUGUCCUGUAUGUGACCCGGCUCGCAAGGCAGUGUUUUCAAAGCCCACUUACUGCGGCAUUGUUACAGCCCCCAACGGCCCAUUUGCAGCUUGCCACACUAAACUGGACCCACAGCCAUACUUUGCUGACUGUGUGUUUGAUGUGUGUGCCUCCAACGGGGAUGGGAAGGUGCUUUGUAACAGCAUAGCAGCCUAUGCCUUCAACUGUCACAUGGCAGACGUGGACGUCAAAAACUGGAGGACGCCUUCCUUCUGUCCCAUGAAAUGCCAAGCCAACAGUCACUAUGAGGUGUGUGCCGACGCCUGCUCUGCAUCCUGUGCAGGCCUCACAGAGAUUGCCCAGUGCUCCAGCAGCUGUACAGAGGGCUGUGAAUGUGAUGCUGGCUUCUUAUUCAAUGGACAUGCGUGUGUACAAGAGACAGAGUGUGGCUGCUAUGACAAUGGAAGAUCGUACAAGCCUGGUGAAGUGGUGUAUGAAGAAGACUGUAACACAAAGUGCACCUGCAAUCCAGAGACAGGCAUCAUCUGUGAAAAACAUUCCUGCCCCCAAAGCACCAAAUGCAUGGUCAAGAAAGGAAUCAGGGCAUGCUACAACACAGAUCCCUGCAAAGAUGCCUGUCUCGAGUCAAAGAGAAGUGCCGUGUAUGAGAAGGGUGAAGCUUGUGCAGUCCCAGCGUACACAGGCACAUGCUGGGCUUUUGGGGGGAUCCCCCCACUACCACACAUUUGGAGGUUGACGUUUCUGUGUAUGGGUAACAACAUCACUCUCCGCAAGAACCGAGUUGGUCGGGUCACCGGAACGCUUCGCUGGUACACUGGGCGAGGGGACAAGGGCCGAGGUGUCCAGUGUCUCCAGCGUGGUCUCCCACUGCAGUGUUGUGAGACAGACUUUGGCUUGUCCGUCUCCCUAGACUGGAACUGGAAGCUGGUCAUCAAGCUUCCGCAGCAGCUACUAACCGCCAGUGUCUGUGGGUCUAUGGUGGCAAACUUUCAAGGUAACAACGGGGAUGAGCCUCCAGAAUCCAGCCGGCAAAAGCUGUUCCUCUUCAGUGAAGAUUGGGGCAAGAGCUGGCAAACACGCAGACAAGGACGAGAAACAUACCUGCUGGGACACCCCGUGCCUUCAAUGAACAACUGUGUGUAUGAUAUGUGUUUGAAUAAGGGAGACAAAAAGAUGCUGUGCCAGGCCUUGGCCUCAUACCAGUCAGCAGUGUCGUGGGGAAGGAAUAAUUACUCAAGAGACUGGAGGAAAAAGUUUGGCUGCCAAUCUGUACCAGCACCCCAUGCCAGCCAUCCCUGCCCAUUCCCUGAUCAGAAGUCACCCUGCCCUGGUGCCUGUGUGGAGGCCUGUGUCUGUGAUAAGGGUCACGUCCUCCAGCGCUGGCGUCUGUGUGCCUGCUAAAAAAGUUGUGGCUGCUCCUAUCAGGGCCGUUAUACAAGCCAGGGCAAGCACUUUUGGGCUGAUGAGGCAUGCGGUCCGCCUAUGUAGUGUGAUACGACCCUGGGCAUGGACUGCCGUGAGGCUUCCUGCUCUGCAGAGACGUGCACUGUAGUGGAUGGAGAGCGGGCCUGGCCAUCAGUCACGCCACCAUGCACAGCCUCAGGUGACCCGCACUACCGGACUUUUGAUGGCCGCCGGUUUGACUUCCAGGGCACAUGUGUUUAUCAGCUGGUCGGACUGUGCUCGCAGCAGCAGGGGCUCGUGCCGUUCAAGGUGACUGUGCAGAACAACCACCGGGGAAGCAAGGCUGUGUCCUACACAAGGACUGUCACAUUCUCCAUGUAUGGCAUCACCCUCACCAUCAGCAGAGAAUACCCCCACAAAGUCCUGCUCAAUGGGCAGCUCGCUUCGUUACCAUUAGAUUACAAUAAUGAGCUGGUCGUGUUUCUUAGUGGCGGGACAGCUGUAGUGGAAACAGAUGCUGGUAUCACCGUGACCUUUGACUGGAGGGGCAGAGUGAGCGUUUCUCUGCCCAGCAACUACCAGAGCGCAGUCUGUGGCCUGUGCGGCAACUACAAUGGCAAAGCUCAGGAUGACCUGACCAUGCGGAACGGCCAGACCAGCAAAAACGGAGCUGAGCUGGGGGAGAGCUGGCAGGUCGCCCUGGUGCCAGGCUGCUCAUCAGUCUGCCAGGGGGCAUGGUGCCAGGCCUGCUCCGAAUCCCACAGGAAAAAGUACCAAGCCCAGAAAUACUGUGGUAUAAUCGCUGAUCUGGCAGGGCCUUUCAGAGAUUGUCACAGUCGUGUAGACCCUGCUCCUUACCUGGAGGACUGUGUGUAUGAUGCCUGUCAGUACCAUGGCCACCAAGGCUCAGUUUGUGAUGCUGUGGGAGUCUAUGUAUCUGCCUGUCAGAGCCAAGGAAUCCCCAUCCGCUCCUGGAGAACAGAUGCCUUCUGUCCCACAGUGUGUCCAUCUAACAGCCAUUACACCCUGUGUGCCACGGGCUGCCCUGCCACCUGUGCCAGUUUAACCUCCCUCACCACCUGCCACAGGGCCUGCUCAGAGGACUGCGAGUGUGACGAAGGCUACCUGCAGAGUGGGGAUACCUGUGUGCCCGUGAGAGACUGUGGCUGCUCCUACGAUGGCCAGUACUACAGGAAAGGAGACGUUUUCUACCCCGAAACAGAGUGUGUGGAGCAAUGCGUCUGUGGAGAGAACGGCGCAGUGUCUUGCCAAAAGGCCAAGUGUGGUGCAGGGGUGACCUGUAAGCUUGUAAACGGAAUGAAAGGCUGCCACCCUGAUGGGCAGGGCAAGUGUGUGGCAUCCGGAGACCCUCAUUACAUUUCCUUUGAUGGAAAGAGGUUUGAUUUCCAGGGUACCUGUGUCUACAUGUUGGCCAAGGUGUGUGACGAUGACAAAGGCCGGCUGACGCCAUUCAGCGUAACACAGGGGAAUGAGAAGUAUGGAAAUGGAAAAGUGGCCGUUACCAAGUCUAUUGCAGUGGCAGUCUAUGGUUAUGUCAUUUACAUCCAACAGAAAGUGCCAUGGAAAGUAACUGUGGAUGACGAAAUCCUGAACCUUCCUCUCUACCUGGACAAUGGGCGUCUCAGAGUCACUCAGGAGGGUCGCAACAUAAUAAUCCACACAGACUUUGGACUGACAGUCCUGUAUGACACUGUCUAUUAUGUUGAGGUGAUUGUGCCUUCUACGUACCAGGGAAAGAUGUGUGGUCUUUGCGGCAACUACAACAAGAACAAUGGUGAUGACUUCAAACUUCCCGGUGGCAGAAAAACUAACAGCGUUGAUGACUUUGGGAAGUCCUGGGUGGUGGACAUGCCAGGCAAUGUGUGUGGGGGCUGUGGAGGCCAGUGUCCAGUAUGUGAGCAGGCCAAGGCCACAUUGUAUGGAAAAUUGGACUCCUGUGGCUUCAUGAGUGCACCUAAUGGUCCUUUUAAAGCCUGCCACAGUAAGAUUGACCCAGCGGCAUAUGUGUCUAAUUGCGUUUUUGAUGUUUGUGCUGUGGGUGGCAACAAAGAUAAUCUAUGCAACAGUGUCCAGGCCUACGCUUUGGCCUGCCAGAGCGAAGGAGUUCAAAUCCAGCCAUGGAGAAGCAGCUCCUUCUGCCCUGCUUCCUGCCCUGCAAACAGUCACUAUGAGGUGUGUGCCGACACCUGUGGUGGGACCUGUGCCAGCUUUAUUUACCCGUUUACUUGUUCUGAAAGCUGCUUUGAAGGAUGCCAAUGUGACGCCAGCUUUGUUUUCGAUGGCAUGCAAUGUGUUCCCUUGGACAACUGUGGAUGUGUGCACAAUGGCAGAUAUCUAACGGUGGGCCAAGCAGAUGUGGACAAAGCCUGUAUGUCCAAGUGUGUGUGCCAGGCCUCUGGUGUGGUGAAGUGUGAGAAGCUGACCUGUGCCAGUCGAGAGGUUUGUGAUGUAAGAGAUGGCGUAAGGGGCUGCCACGUCAAACAGGGCCACUGCAGCAUCAGCCAAGUUGGCCUCCUCACCUCCUUUGAUGGCAUGUCUGGAGCAAUAGGAGCUCAAGGGGCAUUUGAAGUGGCGUCUCUGUGCGACGAGACCGACAAGAUGUGGUUCCGCGUGGUUGUGGACGUCAGGGUCUGUAGCAAGGGUGCAUCUCCCACUGUCGCCACCUUGUAUGUGUUCUUUAAGGAAACGGUUGUCACAGUUAACAGCCAACAUGUGACCUGGGUAAAUGGCAGGAAAAUGUCUCUUCCCAGCAAAGUGACGAGUGACAUAUCUGUCCACAUCUCAGAGAAGACUGUGAUCAUUGAGAAGCCGUCUGCUGUACGGCUCACCUACUCACUUUCAAAGGAGGUCACAGUCAUUAUUGACAGUAGCCUGUCUGGUAAAAUGUGCGGCGCCUGUGGCAACUACAACAACAACUCCAAAGAUGAUAUGAGAACUGCAGAUGGGAAAAUCACCUCUGAUGUGUCUGUUGUUGUUGGCUCCUGGAGCGCCGGGGACUUUUCUAGAUGUGGUCUGUAGAGAGGUUGGUUCUGCAGUGGUGGAAAGCAUCUGCUAUACAGGAUGAAGAAUUUGAAGUCAUUUGGCAAAGGUUUCUUGUUUUAAGCUGUUUUUUACUCAUCAUACUUCACUACUUCCUUUUGAUCCAUGAAAUUAUAGUGGUUCGUCAUUUUUGCUCAAUCCUGACCAACAUCUCCAUCUAGCGGAAGAGAAAAUGAUAGCAUCUAUUUUCCAUGGAACAACCUGGAGCAACUGUCUUGUUAAACUGUCCUUGCCUUGUUUGAACAUUUUUAUUUUACAAUGUGUUUUCUUACUGGAACAACCAAUAAAU